AUGUCAGAGGUCCUUACUGUAGAUGCCAUUCUGUUUGGGCUCUUGGUUUUGUCUGGCAUUCUUGGAAACAUCUUGGUCAUCCAUGUGGUGUUUCAGACAGCCUUUGAGAGUCCUUCUCGGAGACUUGGUCCCUCCGACACGAUUUUGGUGCACCUGUCACUAGCCAACCUUCUGACUUCACUUUUCCGCACGGUGCCCAUUUUUGUGUCGGACCUGGGCUUGGAUGUGUCUCUGUCUCCAGGAUGGUGCAGAGUUUUUAUGCUGCUGUGGGUGUGGUGGCGAGCUGUGGGUUGUUGGGCGACUCUGGCACUCAGUGUCUUCCACUGCACCACAGUGAAGCGACAGCAUGUGACCUUUGGGCCACUUGCAGUACAGAGGGAGAGGCGACGGGUAUGGAUCGUGAUGGCACUGGUGUGGGGGGCAAACUUAGCUUUCUCUAUCCCUGCACUGCUGUACAGCACUCAUGUUCGUGGUAACACCACUGUAAAGCUGAUGGUGAUCAGCUGCACAACCAAGCCUCUGUUAGGCUGUGUCUGGGAGUUCCCAUCUGAGCAACAAGGCUCAGCUUUUGCCUCCACUUCGCUUGCACUCAAUGAGGCAUUGCCGCUGGUGCUGAUGAUCUGCACCAACUUGGCCACACUUCAUGCUCUGGCCAAACACAUCCGAGCUGUUAUGUCAGGGUCAGAGGGAGGCCAUGGGGAGCUGGACAAACACGUGUCCACUGAACGAAAUGCAGCUCAUGUAAUCAUGUCGCUGGUGUUGCUCUUUGUGGUCUGCUGGACUCUGCAGGUUGCUGCAGUUACGUACUACAACCAUGACAGGGGACACCACACUAAAGAGCUGCUUAGUGUAGCUCAGUUCUCUGCUUCACUGUUUGUGGGAUUCAGCCCCAUGGUGGUGGCUCUGGGACAUGGGAAGCUAAGGAGGAAAAUCAAGAGUAUGAUACUGAUGUGGACUAAAGUUCCUUUAUGUUACACUGGAGAGGGGAGUAGAUCCCCAAAGACUAAUGGAAAGAAGGGAAAAGAAACUGUUUUUGUUGUUCAAAAAGACAUGAAGUUGAAAGAGAAAGUUAAACUGAACAAGUAA